AUGUCUAAACAUAACAAGCCGACUACACAGGCAGAAAUUCUCGAACGACGCAGGAACAGGUUCAAGCAGGACCAGCAGAAAAUUGAUCGAGAAAAGAGUAACGAGUUUGGACUCGUCAGCCGCGGAGAGGACUUGCGAUUGCAGCAGAAUCACUCCGAUAGAGAAAAGUUAUACAAGAAGAUCUGCCAUAACCUCGAAACAGGUGCCAACAACGACUCUAUUCUUCUUGAUUUCCGUAAGCUCCGCGAAAGCUUGCUUGCAUUGAAGCACUCCGAGUUUGCAAAGACUGUGUUUGUGGCGUCAAUCGACUUCUCUGCGUCCAUAGGCCACCACCAGUCGUAUGUCCCCAGCAUAAUGCAUUUGAUUCAAGCGGAGAAGACCAAUUCUUUUAUGAAUAAAACUGAGCGCACGCGUGUUCUGGUUCUGCUUGCCCUCCAUAAGGCACAUUUCAACAAGGAGUACGAACAGGCGUUCAGCAUUCUGCUACAGAACUUUGAACUAUCACCAAACUUUCAGAGCCCCAAGAAAUCCGACCAGGACCAGGCAUAUUUUGCAUGCUACGCAGCUUUGACGAACGACUUCCAGCUCUGGUGGCCAUGCUACCGCCAACUGGCCGAACAGAAGACCUACAAGGGGGUACUGGACCUGGAGAUCCAUCAGUUUCGCCAAAAAGCCAUCAGCACCGUCAAUUGCACGUAUUACGUUCUGAAAAAGAACACACUCGAGGACCUGCUCCACAUCUCCUGGGAAGACCUCCAGAGCUCCUUCUCCACCAACUGGUCGCUCCAAAACGACACCGUCACGAUCCGCAAAAGAAAAUAG